AGAUGGCAGCGGACGGACAGUGCUCGCUCCCCGCUUCAUGGCGGCCGGUGACCCUCACCCACGUCGAAUAUCCUGCAGGUGAUCUCUCUGGCCACCUCCUUGCCUACCUGAGCCUCAGCCCCAUAUUUGUCAUCGUUGGUUUUGUGACCCUCAUCAUAUUCAAGCGGGAGCUGCACACGCAGAUCUCGUUCCUUGGGGGCUUGGCACUGAACGAGGGGGUCAACUGGCUGAUCAAACACGUCAUCCAGGAGCCACGGCCCUGUGGAGGUCCCCACACGGCAGUGGGCACCAAGUACGGGAUGCCCUCCAGCCAUUCCCAGUUUAUGUGGUUCUUCUCCGUCUAUUCCUUCCUUUUUCUGUAUUUAAGAAUGCACCAAACGAACAACGCCAGGUUCCUGGACUUGCUGUGGAGGCAUGUACUCUCCCUGGGUCUCCUCACUGUGGCGUUUCUAGUCUCCUAUAGCAGGGUCUACCUGCUGUACCACACCUGGAGCCAGGUGCUCUAUGGGGCCAUCGCUGGAGGCCUCAUGGCCGUCGCCUGGUUCGUCUUCACCCAGGAGGUCCUCACCCCCCUGUUCCCUAGGAUAGCAGCCUGGCCUAUCUCUGAGUUCUUCCUAAUCCGAGACACGAGCCUCAUUCCCAACGUACUCUGGUUUGAGUACACGGUAACCCGGGCAGAAGCCAGUGGGGUCUCUCGAGGAACCAGGCCCUCCACGGAACGGGGCUGUCCCUGCUUCCCUCAGGCUCCUGAGCCCGUCGUAGGUGUCGCUACACCCCCAAGUCAGGAACAGACAGCGCAAGCUGGGGACGAAAUUGCAGUGACCGGUGAGUGUGGCUGGCUCCAGCCUCCAGAUCUGGCCUGCACGAUGCCUUGCAGGGUGGAUGGAAUGACAGACAGAGGGACGAAGCAGAGACCUCUACAGACCCAAGUCACCGAGCGGAGCCUUUUUUUUUCUUAUUUUAAUUUUAAUGAACAAGGUGGACCAAAGGGCUGAGCCAGCCCCUCAACCAGGACCCUGGAGGGCCUGUUGCCGGGGGGCCUCACAGCCAGAGACCCUCACAGUGCCGCUGCCAGCCCCCAGUUGGGCGGAAAGUGCCCCUGGCAUGGGCACUGGGGCGUGGGGUAGAGAAGGAGGGCUUGAACCUCUGGCCACAGGGCCAGGAAAUCUAGGUGGCGUGGAAAAUGCACACUAUUUAUUUUUUGGUUUUGUCAAAGGCAGAUGGGAUUUUGGAGAGGGAGUGGAAGAGCCAGCUCUGCGGGGGCUGUCCUGCGUACCGAGGAGCCCAGGUCAGCUUCCAGGCCCUUUGCCCUGGGCCCGAGAGACGGCCUGGGGGCCCAGGAGGAGGGGGCACCCCCAUGCCCGCCCUGCCGCCAACGCCAUUCCAGAACCUCGGUCAGUGUUUCCCGUGUGGGGGCCAGGCCCAGAGAGAGCAAGCGUCUGCGCUGCAAUCGCUGUGUCCUACCCUCAUCGACCGUGCUCCGCAAGGGCUUUCUCUGGUUCCCUGUCCCCAAGACAGCGGUCCCUUUCUGAUGGAAGAGCCUGCACAUGCGGGUGAGCAAACCCAAGCUGUUUACAGCUCUUUCCUGUCCUGCCGUCCGCUAGUGGUUCGUCUUCAUCUCCACCCGAACAAAACGCAGAGGAAGCAGGAGCUGGUGAGAGGAGUGGGGCAGCGGUGCCCACUGUCCCCACCCUUCCCUCCCCUCUGUGUGCUCUGAGCAUUCCUUGUCCUUCCCGACCCCCCUCCGAGAGGCUGGGAGCCUGCUUGGGUCACCCCAAGCCUGUGUCCGGCGUGUGGCUCACAGAUCCCCACUGCCCAGCUCGGAGGACGACUCCUCCCAAUCUUGAAGUCGCUUUGAAACGGAGCUGUGGAGAGGAGAUGCGUCCAGACUCGGAAGCUUCUAGAACUGAACCAGGCUGCUCGGGACCUGUGUUCAGGGCCCGACCCCCUCCCUCCCCCGGCCGCCUUUUCUUUGUGGAGGUUCCUAAUCUGCUGCUGAAGCACAAUAUUUUGGUGCUUUCUUUUCUCAUUUGUUAAAGACAGUGUCCAAAGCCAUUCCAGAUGCCAGGACCAGGGGCCUAUUUCUGGGGAAGGUUGGUCAGUCCCCACAUUUUCCUUUCCUUCCCUUCUCAUUUUUAUUUUUUACUUUUUGCCUGAGAUAAGCCAAGUGUGAGGUGGUUUGACUUAAGAAAAAUCAAUGAAAAUUGUUUACUAUUGUUUUAAAAUAAAAUCUUGAACUCUG